AUGAAUGCAUCAUCUGCCAAUGUGACUGUAGUCUUACAGUACCGAGACUCAUUUGCUAAAGCUGUGACCAAGAAUUUGAUUGUUGUGGUCCUUGGCAUCUCCAUCAGCUACAUCAAUGCCAACCUCAUUCACACCUUCUGCAAACACCAGAUUUUCUACAAGAAUCCCAGAUAUGUGCUCUUUAUUCACCUGGUGAUCAAUGACAUGGUCCAAGUGAUGCUGACUGCCAUCCUGUUCAUCAUCAGCUACACCAUCUACAAACUCAGUGUCUCCGUCUGCUGCAUCUUUAUGCUGCUCGCUCUCUUCACUACUGAAAAUUCCCCUCUGAACCUGGCUUGCAUGGCAGUGGAGUGCUACAUAGCCAUCUGUUUCCCUUUGCGCCAUGCUCAGAUUUGCACUGUCCAAAGAACUUUAAUCUUGAUCAGUUUAAUUUGGAUGACCACAACAUUGUCUGUCCUUCCUGAUCUCUUCAUCACCUUGGCCACAGAACCCCUAGAUUUUUUUCAUUCUCGUGUGUUUUGCCUCAGAAACACUGUCUUCCCACAUCCCCUCAUCAUCCAGAAGAGGGAUAUAACAUAUGCAGUGUUCCUAGUUAUAGUUUGGGUUACUAUCAUUUACACUUACUUAAAGAUCCUAUUCACUGCAAAAACAGCGAGCAAAGAUGCCAAGAAAGCCAAAAACACAAUCCUCCUGCACGGGUUUCAGCUGCUGCUGUGCAUGGCAACAUAUGCAGCUCCUCACUUAACAAAUGCUCUGCAGAAAUGGUUCCCUACGAAUUACACUGAUUCCCUCUUUGUGGUCUAUGUUACAGUGCAAAUACUGCCACGAUCCAUCAGCCCCAUUAUCUACGGCAUUCGUGACAAGACUUUUAGGAAGUUCUUGAAAGGGAAUCUGUUGUGUAAAAUCACCGUGGGAGCGGCUUGGGCCCGGCAGGAGCCAGCUCCUGUUCCAAUUCCCCAGAGAAUGUGCCGCGGCGUGAUCAGCGUGUCCUCGACUGGACCAGCUGGAGGUGGAGGUCGAGGAGGUGGGCAAGGGGCCUCACCAGCCGGAGGUGGAGGAGGUGCAUGA